AUGGGCCGGACGGAGAGGGUGAUUUCUGUUAGUGUGAGUGUGGUGUCGGGCGAGCCGCAGCGCACGCCUCCUGAUAUCGAUCGUGCGCGUUCUAGUGCGCGCGUUCGUUCGUUCGCUCGCGGCCCUCCAGGGCGUCCACACUCUCUCUCUAGUCAUGCGCGAGUCAUCUCCGCUAUCGCAUCGACCGACUUUGGAAUAGAGUUAAACGCGCGAGUGUCGCGGUCGCGCUCGGCGGCCUCGACUGAUCUCCGUAGACGCCCCUCCGCCGCCGCCGCCGCGUCUGCCCGUUCCUCCAUGUGUGUCCGGAACGCAUUAAAAAAAUCGAUCAGGGACAGUCGUCGCCGGCUUGGGAUGACUUUCAGCUAA